UGUCACCCAUCAGUACUAGUCAGUGCCACCUAUCAGUGCCAGUCAGUGCCACCUAUCAGUGCCAGUCAGUGCCACCUAUCAGUGCCAGUCAGUGCCGCCUAUCAGUGUGCAUCAGUGCCGCAUAUCAGUGCCCAUCUGUGCCUGCCAGUCAGUGCCACCUAUCAGUGCCAGUCAGUGCCGCCUAUCAGUGCCAUAUAUCAGUGCUGCCUUUCAGUGCCCAUCAGUGAUGCCUGUCAAUGCCCAUCAGUGUCACCUACCAGUGCCUCCUCAUCAGUGCCCGUCAGUGCCACCUAUCAGUGUCCAUCAGUGCAGCCGAUCAGUGCUCAUCACUGCAGUCUCAUU